AUGCCUCAAACUGAAGAAGAAAUAUUUCAAGAAUUUAAGUCAGCUGCGGAUCAAUAUAAUGAAGAUUCGUAUCAUUUAAAGGAUUUAUGGUAUUCAGAUGGAACUAUUCAAGAAAUUAGGACUGCUAAACACCAAAUUAAGAUUGCUCCAAAGCAUCCACAUUUUCAUAAUGUGGUUGUCUCAUUCCAGGCUGCUCUUGAUGCUUUCCUUACUCUCUUGACUGACUGGACUUUACCAUUUACUCAUCCUUUAAAUUGGCUAUAUUUAAUCUUUGUCUACCCGAUCGUAUUAUUUAGUUUUGCUAUUUUUGAAUUAUCUUUGAUUAUCAUUCAUACUGUUCACUUGGACGCUUUGGUUAAGUUUAUUGAUGAAAAAUGGAGAGAAUACUUAACUCCUGGUUCGUAUCAUUUCGCCGAUAAUCACAAAUUAAGUGUCAAUAAAUUGUUUUAUAAAAACCAAGCUAAUGUGAUUGUCGGUGUUGAUUCCGAUUUUUAUAAUCAACCACAGAAUGGUUUUAUUGCUGAAGAUGGCGUUGACGCGUUGGAUCAACCGUACUUUAAAGAGGAUGAAGAAAUUGUUGAAAAGCAUCCUGAUUUUAAUCUUGACAUUGCUCAAUUCCUUCUUUACAUGUCUGAUCUCGUAUAUAGCCGUGAAUCUGAUAAAGCAUUGAGCGCAAAAUUAAAUGUAUAUCGCUUUAAAAAGGCUCCUGAAAAACGUGAUGAAUUAAUACAGGAGAUCGUCGGUUUAUUACGUGAAAGCGAUGAUACUAUUAGAAAUCAAGCAAAAAAAUGGCAUUUGACUUUCACUUCCUUGACUGAACUUAAUUCUUGCGGUGAUUCUUUCGCUGGAUUAUUUUACUCGGAAAAACAUAACUUCAUUGUGGUCGCUUUUAAAGGUCCAACCUCUGAUGAUUUUGAAAAAUGGUUUACUGAUUUAGUCUUCCAACAUGAAGAUGGUCGAUCUUUUAUUCGUAAUGAAGUUCAUAAAAGUUACCGCAGUUUAUUAUACCCUGAGAAUAAAACUGGUCCUUAUGCUACUAUUAUCGAUGGAAUUCAUCAUGCUAUCAAGAAUAUUCGUCAUUACCGUGACCAAGGUACCAGGAAACAUAAAUUAAUCAAUAUUUGGGUUACUGGCCAUUCUUUAGGUGGUGCGAUGGCCACCUGGUUCUACGGGCGAGUUAAGAAAUCCCCUUCUGAUUUGGGUGAACACUGUGUUUUACGAGAUGCCUACGUGUUUGGUGCUCCGCGAGUUGGUGAUUCCGAUUUCGUGUUGACGUACAAAUCUUCGCUAGGCAGGCAUGAAAAAAAUGUAGAAAGUGCUUUAUGGCGCGUAGUGGAUGACAACGACUUGUUAGCUCAUCUACCACCAGGCUAUCGUUAUCCUAAAAAUGUAGGAAAAUAUAAUAUUUUAACUAAUUACUCCGUCGGAGAAGCUGUCAAAUUCUAUCAAGACGGAAGAAAACCAAAACUCUUGAAAAAUCCGAUUCUUGAGCCUGGAUAUGUUCCUGUAAUUAAGAGUUCAAGACCUCUUGAUGGUGAUAAAUAUACUGUCCCUACUCAUGAAUAUGACAAAUCCCUUCCAUCUUUCAUUCGCAAUCACAUGACCUCGCGAUAUGCACUUGCGUUGGCUCAGGCAAGGAAUCAUUUGAGUGAAAGAGGAGGUUCCGGAACCAAAGGCUUCAAUGGAGAAAUUAUUUUGGAACGUGAAAAAUAA